GUCACACACGCUUCCCUCUGACGUAUAGUGACACAACCUUGUGACUCACUAUUCAUUUCCUGUUAGACAUGAAUGUAAACUCGUUGUUAAAGUGAAGUAAUGUCAAAAUUAUAAGUGUUUCAUGGCCCGAGUUUAACUUUUGAUAAUAGUUUGCUCUGUUAUGUAAAGUGUUCGUCGAUUUUCGUAAUUGUUUUUAUAUAUUUUUUUAUUUUAAUCGAGUUUGGUAUUGACGAUCUCCAAGAACUUAUCACAAAGUCAGACACUACCCGCGAACUCUUUCGAGUAUUUGUCAACAGAAGUGUGAAGGGGCUUGAUCAACCUAACAGUUUGUGUUAGCAAUAUGGCUGCCCAAUACACAGAGCUGAGGUGGAAGGUCCGGGAUGCCAGGGGCGGAGCCGGAGAGGGGAGACGCUUUGGCAAGGGAGCCUGAAGGAGACACACGCCAGCUUCAGUUCCUUCUGCAGGAAGAAAACCAACUACAGGAGGGAGAAUACCAACAUCAGGAAGAAGGCAGACAGGAGCAGUCUUGGAUUGCAGGCGAAGACCAGCAGCAGCAGCAGCAGCAGCAGCAGCAGCAGGAAGGGCAACAGCAACAGGGGCACCAGCAGCAGGUUGUGGGACACGUCUCGAAUUCCCGCUUUCCUGGGGAGGGGCUGCCAGGGAUCCGGAGUACUGCCGCAGGCUCGCUGGAAAGGGCGUUGCCAUCACUACCUGUACCGCAGGCGGCUUUGGGUGUCAGUCUCCAGGAACACCUGCCGGAGUUGAGCGGUUCCACACGCGCUAUGAGGACCACCAAACGUAACCCGACGCCUUCCAGAGAAGUCAACAGCAGUUCGUCGUACGAGAGUGUUCAGCUGCCCGGCUGCAUCGCGGACGAAAUGCGCCCUCUCGCCGCCUCCGACACUCUGCAGGCCAAGUACGACAGCUAUAGCGAGCUCUACAAGGUCCACAAGGACACUGAUGUCCGCAAGGUGCGCAAGACGGUGGAGACUCUAUUCUUCAGGGACAACAAGAAGCAAAUCGACUUCGUGUUGGUCUACAGGGAGGAAGAGGAUCCUGUCCACAUCGAGCAACGUAGGGUCUUCGAGCAGAACCUCAAGGAGGAGGGACUCGAUCUGGAGACGGAGGACAAGAAUCAAUCCCAGGAUGGGUUGACGUACUUCGUGAAGGUCCACGCUCCAUGGGACCUUCUGGUACGCUACGCAGAGAUCAUGAACAUCAAGAAACCCAUCAAGAAAUUUAUUGUCGUUCGUGGAGGAGAAGUCUGGAAGGAUAAUGUGGAUAAAUCCAAUUUGGGGUUCUUUUCUUGGAUGGGCAUCAAAGAUCCCUUUCAGUACGACGAGCGCCUCAUACCACACGAGCCGACGUACUUCUCGACGGGGUUCUCCAGAUCCAGAGUCGACCAGUUUAUUAUCAAGGACCGGGAGUCUUUCUUCACCCCCUCCCAGAGGAGUGAGAUAGUCUGGGAGAUCCUGUUGAGAGUCCGGUACAAUGAUUCUGAACAAGGUGUGGGCAUCUCCAGACUGCUGUCCCGCAACACCUACGUCGCCGCCUUCCCCCUUCACGACGGCCGCUACGACAAGGACAACCCAGAUGGCACCAUGUGCGACCGCCGGCUGCUGUACCUUGAGUGGGCGCGGUUUGGCAAGUGGUACAAGAAGCAGCCGCUGCAUGUCGUUCGUCGGUACUUCGGGGAUAAGAUGGCUCUAUACUUCGCUUGGCUGGGGUUCUACACGGAGAUGUUGGUACCAGCCUCCAUCCUGGGGGUCAUCACCUUCACUUGCGGCAUCUUCUUCAUGUUCUCGGACUUCAACAAACCCAGUGAGGAGAUAUGUAAUCGCCAGGCCAACAAGACCGGGUCCCUCAUAAUGUGUCCGCUCUGUGACAAGCUGUGUGAUUUUUGGCAGCUUGGGGACUCCUGCCUCAACUCCCGGAUCACCUUCCUCUUCGACAACCCCAUCACAGUCUUCUUCUCUAUAGCCAUGUCCUUUUGGGCUACCAUGUUCCUGGAAUUAUGGAAACGGAAGCAAGCGGUGAUCCAGUGGCAGUGGGACAUGGACGGGUACGAGGAGGAGGAGGAACUCCGACCAGAGUACGAGGAGAAGGUCACUACCACUAGGAUAAACCCCGUCACAAAUAAACCCGAACCCUACUUGCCGUUGUGGAGCCAGAUCACUCGCCUUGUGGCGGCGAAUUCCCUUGUUCUUCUUUUGCUGUUCGUAGUGGUGGCGGCGAUGUUCAGCGUCAUCAUCUACCGUAUGGCUGUGGUGAUUGCCAUGCAUCAGACUGAAUCAGACCUCUUCAGACGUAACGCUAAGAUCGUCACGUCAAUGACGGCCGCUUGUCUCAACCUCAUGGUCAUCAUUAUACUCAAUUAUUUCUACGAGAAGCUGGUGUCCUGGCUGACGGACCUGGAGGUCCCCAGGACGGAGACGGAGUACGAGGACUCCUUCACUCUCAAGAUGUUCCUCUUCCAGUUCAUCAACUUCUACUCCUCUCUCAUAUAUAUUGCUUUCUUCAAGGGUCGGUUCUUCUAUCACCCGGGCGACACUGAGGCCCGCACUAAUGUACUGAUGAAGCUUCGUUAUGACAUGUGUGACCCAGCUGGCUGCCUCUUUGAGCUCUUUGUCCAACUGGCUAUCAUCAUGGUUGGGAAGCAACUACUCAGUAAUAUCCUUGAAAUAUUUUGGCCGAUAAUGCGGGUGUGGUGGAACAAGCACAGAGGCCAUGACAACCAGCUGAGCGAGUCCUAUACGCGUUGGGAACAAGAUUACGACCUCUCACCUUACACGCGUCUCUCUCUCUUUAAUGAAUACCUGGAAAUGGUGAUUCAGUAUGGGUUUGUGACCAUAUUCGUGGCAGCAUUUCCCUUGGCACCACUGUUUGCCCUGUUGAAUAAUUUCAUAGAGAUCAGACUGGAUGCCUACAAGUAUCUAACUCAGUGUCGCAGGCCUCGAGCAGAGAGGGUUCAAGAUAUUGGCAUCUGGUUUAGCAUCCUCAAGGGUAUCACCUACUUUUCAGUCUUUACAAAUGCAAUGGUUAUUUCGUACACAAGUGACUUUAUUCCUCGCUUAGUGUACAUGUAUGGAUACUCUCCUAGAGGACGAACACUUGAAGGCUACAUGGAAAAUGCUCUUUCUGUAUUCAACACGUCAGAGUACACAGCAGACAUGGGACCCGAGAACCGGACAGGGUGGCCGCCGAUCUGCCAUUAUAGAGCAUAUCGCAAUGGCCCAGAUGGGGAACACCCUUAUGGCUUCACUUUACAGUUCUGGCAUGUCUUUACUGCUCGUCUGGCCUUCAUACUCAUCUUUGAGCAUGUGGUGUUUUUGCUCACUGGGGCAGUAGCCAUGGCUAUUCCAGAUGUACCUGUUGAAGUUAAAAACCAGAUGAAGAGAGAGAAAAAGGUCGAAAAGGAAGCUUUGUUUGAAAAUGAAAAGAGCCGAUUACGUAAUGAAAGGGAAGCCCGGAAACGGACUGCUACAAGUGAUGAUCACCUUAAUGUGGAUUUGGGAGAAGGACUCCAGAGUCGAAGCAACUCGAGAGCAAACACUCCUUCUCCAACUUACUUAAGAAAUCAUAGAUCUUAAUUUAACGUACAUCAUUUAUUACACAACACACACACACACACUUCAAUUGAACGAGCUCCGUUUGAAAGACGUGUGUGUGUUUGAGCAAAAUUACCCAAGAAGUGUAGUUACAGGAUGAGAGCUAUCUGCUUAUGGUUUCCCCCGUCUACCCAGUACUGUCAUAAAUGCUUCAAAACCAUCAGUACCUGUAGUUUCAACCUCCUCCACUUUCUCAUUUAACUUUUUCCAGCCAUCCACCACUCUGCAAAAGAAAACUUUCAAUGUUUUUUUGGCAGAUCUGUUUUCUUAGUUUAAACCUACAUCAUGUCCUCUUGUUCUUGAAGUUGCCGUUACUAUUUCGUACAUUACUAUGUACAAAAUAGUAACAGGAACAACAAAACUGACAAAGAAGAAUUUUUUAAAACUGCAACUUCUUUUUUUCUAAUUCUUGUCAGUUUUGUUGGUUCUUGUUAAUAUUUUGUAUGAUAUUACAUACAAAAUAGUAAGAGCAACUUCAAGAACAAGAGGACAUACUGUAGGUUCAAACUUAAGAAACAAAGCUGCUUUAAAAACAUUACCACUAUUUGCCACUAGUUACCACUAGUAAAUAUUCUAGACGGUUGGAAAAAGUUAAGUGAGAAGGUGGUGGUGGUCAAAACUGUCAUUAAUUUCAAAGCAUUAUAUGAGAGUACUGGGAACAUGAGAUACAGUACCACGAGCGUAGCUCUCAUCCUGUAACCACACUUGGGUAAUAACUCGUGUACAUCGCUUUAAAACAUUACUCUGUUCAACUGAAUUCUGUAUGUGACAGAAGAAUUGUUACAGCAGUAAGAAAGUUUACAAAUGGACAAUAUUCUGGUGAAAUGUGUUCACUUUAUCAGAAUUCACUUACUCAUUCCCAUCCAUAAACAGAAAAUUAAACUAAAAUACAGUUCCUUA